AAUACUCCCUGACAGAGCUGGCUGUGCGGCUCCAGCCUGACUGACGCCUAGUCCUGUGCCUGUGUUGUUGCCGCUGCUCCUCCUUCUGCAGCCCUGACUCCUUCACAUACAUACGGCAGCCAGGGGGGAAAAGCACCCGUCCACACAUUAAGGGCCGAAGCCAAAACACAGGUCUAAUCAGGGCAUUCGAAGACAUCCGAAAAGUAUACCCUGACUCACUUCCCAGAAACAGUAAAUAGAAAAGACGGUGGAAGCAUCAAUUUCUCUUGUCCUACAUAUCUGUCACCUUUCGGGGACAGAAGUCGAAUCCUAUGCACUCCAGCACGCCCAUAAGUUCCUUGUUCUCCUUUACUAGCCCGGCAGUGAAGAGACUGCUUGGCUGGAAACAAGGAGACGAAGAGGAAAAAUGGGCAGAAAAGGCAGUCGACUCUCUUGUGAAGAAAUUGAAGAAGAAGAAGGGUGCCAUGGAAGAGUUAGAAAGGGCUUUAAGCACCCCGGGGCAAGCCAGUAAAUGUGUCACAAUCCCUCGUUCUUUAGACGGAAGGCUACAAGUAUCACACCGCAAGGGUCUUCCGCAUGUCAUUUACUGCAGGGUUUGGCGAUGGCCUGACUUACAAUCCCAUCAUGAGUUAAAACCACUUGAAUGCUGUGAGUUUCCAUUUGGAUCAAAGCAGAAGGAUGUGUGUAUAAAUCCGUACCAUUACCGCAGAGUUGAAACUCCAGUAUUACCUCCUGUCCUUGUGCCAAGACACAGCGAGUUUAACCCCCAGCUGAGCCUGCUUGCCAAGUUCCGCAACACUUCCCUUAACAGCGAGCCAAUGAUGCCACACAAUGCGACCUUCCCAGAGUCUUUCCAGCAGCCGACAUGUACUCCAUUCUCUUCCUCACCAAACAUAUUCCCUCACUCGCCAAGCACAGUUGGUUACCCAGAUUCUCCAAGGAGUUCUUCUGACCCCGGAAGUCCAUAUCACAUCACGGACACACCACCUCCACCAUACAACGCCCCAGAGGUUCAUGGAAACCAAAACAGGCAGACGGUGGAGUCCUCUGAUUGCCAGCUAGUUUUAUCAUCACUGAACAGAGAAUUUCGUCCUGUUUGCUAUGAAGAACCUUUGCAUUGGUGCUCAGUUGCAUAUUACGAACUGAACAACAGAGUGGGGGAGACCUUCCAAGCCUCGUCGCGUAGCAUACUCAUCGAUGGAUUCACCGAUCCUUCCAAUAAUAAAAACAGAUUCUGUUUAGGCCUUCUUUCUAACGUUAACCGCAACUCUACCAUAGAAAACACACGGAGGCACAUUGGAAAAGGAGUCCAUCUAUAUUACGUUGGUGGAGAGGUUUACGCAGAGUGUGUGAGUGACAGCAGCAUUUUUGUACAGAGCCGUAACUGUAAUUACCAGCAUGGCUUCCAUCCGGCCACUGUGUGCAAGAUCCCGAGUGGCUGCAGCCUCAAGAUAUUUAAUAACCAGCUGUUUGCCCAGCUCCUUUCGCAAUCUGUUAAUCAAGGUUUUGAGGUGGUGUACGAGUUAACAAAAAUGUGUACAAUUCGCAUGAGCUUUGUUAAAGGCUGGGGAGCUGAAUAUCAUCGACAAGAUGUAACAAGCACUCCUUGCUGGAUCGAAAUCCAUUUACAUGGUCCUCUUCAAUGGCUGGAUAAGGUCCUGACUCAGAUGGGUUCUCCUCACAAUCCUAUCUCAUCUGUGUCCUAAUGAGAGUCCCUAAAGCGCUAUUGCAGGCAGUGGCUUCAACAAAAUAUCAGUUUUUAAUCCAACAAAUAUUUGUCAUGUAAAUACAUAUAUUUCAGUAUGUGUUAUGUGGCUUCUGUGUAUCACGGGGAAAGGAAUGUUAAUGUUCUAUUUUUUUUUUUACAUAUAUAUAUAUUGUAUGGAUAUUUUAUUUAAUAUGGAAAUUAUAUGGAUAAGAUAUAUAUCCAUAUAAUUUGUAUUGAUACAAUACCCAAUACGAUAUCCAUAUAAUUUGUAUUGAAAAAUCACUCCACAGGUUAUUAACCCUUUGUGUGCCAAUGGGAACAGGCAGAUCCCUCUGGAACUCCAAAUGAUUAAAAGAGCAGAACACAGAUUCACUUUAUUUUUAACAAAUCUUUAGUUCUUGCAUAGAAGAGAAAUGUAUUCAUACCUAAGGCACUUAAACAUGGUACGCAAACAACACGUUUUAAAGAAAUAUUUUUAUGAUUUAUAUAUAUAUAUAUAUUUGUUCUUUAUUGAUGACUUAGCAGUCACAUAACCGGUUUGUUUCUUGACAUGUCAAGGGCAGCCUUUUUUAUAUACAGAUUUUUUUUUUUUGGUUUUGUAUAUUACAAUAAAAAAAAAGUCUUUAAAAAUAUUUUAGGGAAAUCUCUGGAUUUGCCUUGGAACUAUGAACCUGCGUUUUUCUUGUUCUUUUCUUUAUUCACAUCCCUGAAAUUCCCAACCACUGUAUCAAUGACUUAUAGAGAGAAAGUGUGACCACAUAGAAAGUAGAUGCCGUAGUCAUUUGUUGACCUUCAGAUGAGCAUUGCUGUUUAAAGUUACAGCACGUUAUGAACAUGUACUUCAGGGUUUUUUCAUCAGUACCAGCCACGUUUUCUUGGCCAGUGGGAUUUUGUGACUUUUUGACAAAGGGAAACCUGAAAACAGAGGCUUCUAACCACCUGCAGGAACAGUCCAGAUUGAAAUGUAAUUCCUUAGUCCGUGAGCUGUUCAUACAGACAUUGGAAACACAGACGUGAAGGUUCCAACUUGAUGGAAUCUGAAAUUUUUUUGUCCAUCUCUAAUGAGAGCUGUAACUCAACAAAAGCUUACAUUUGAAAAGCCCUGGUCUAGUACAUUUUCUUUACUCUGUAUAGAGCUCAUCAGAUCUGUAAGUAAUCUGGGUCUGCAGAAUUCUGAAUCUCGUUGAAGUGAAAAAAAACUGUAUGCUACUACCCAGCACAUCAAAGAUAUGACAUUAGACUUGUAGCAAAGCAGAUUAGCACCCCUAUUGUCCUGUGACUCUAGCAACAUAACUAUAGAUUGUGGGCUCUUUUUGGAUAGAAAACAAGCUAUGGUUUUUACCAUGGCUGCUGUAUGCACUGUAUAAAUUAAUAAACGAAAUAUCAGAUA